UAAAAUAUUUAUUAUAAGAAAAAUUUCAUUUGGCUUAAUUGAAGAUAUGACUAUUCUAAUUCUCAAUAAGCACCGUUCCCUUUCCAAAUAUUAGUGAGCGCUAAUCUAAAUUGUGGCCGUUCCCUUUCCAAAAUUUCUUGAGCGCUAAAAUCCCAAAUCUUCCCUCCCAACAAAUUUGCUUGACUCUUCUUCAACCAAAACAAUCAGAAUAAACCCUAACCCUUUCAUUCUUCAAGCUAAUCAAUCUAAACCUAACCCUUUCUUCUCAUCACACACGAUUCUCUCUUGCGUGUCCGAUUUGUCAAUACGGAUUGGAUCUCUUGUGUAAGCUUCAUUGCCUUGGUCACUCGAGAACGAAGGUUAACGAAGAACACAACAGUCACUCACGAACGAGGGUUUAAGUUUUUUAGUUAUUGGUGUCCUCAAGGGUUGCAGAAAUUUCAAGGGUUGGCAUACUCAACUGCAGUAACUGAUAAUUGAACUUGUGAAGAAGCACAUACUGACUGCAGGACCAAAGCAUUUUCCUUUCACUAUUCCACCUCUACAUCUAUAAAGUUUCAAAUUUGCCUCUAUGCAUUAAAGUGGAUUACGGAAAAUGCAAAACAAGAAUGAUUUUGUGUUUGGUAUCCAAGCUAAGUCUAGCACAGAUUUAGUGCAGAAGAUGAAAAUCAAGGUUGAAAAUGAUAGAUCUUUGAAAAGCAACCCAACAAAUCAAGGAAUCAAUAAUAUACAAACUAAUGUUGGAAAUAUUCAAAAGCUGGACCAUCAGAAGCAAUCGAAAGUAGAAGUUUCCAAGAAAAUUGUUGAGCCAAGUAAAUUUGUUGUUCAAAACAAUAAUAAGAAGCAGUUGGAAGUACAAGCCAAUAAGAAAACUGUCGAGCCAAGCAAAGUGUCUGUACAGAACAGUAAUAUUAGGAGGCAAUUUGAAGUAGAAGUCUCUAAUAAAGUUGUUGAGACGAGCAAAGUUCCUGUUCAGAAUAUUAAGAGGAAAUUGUUAGUAGAAGCCUCUAAGAAAAUUGUUGAGCCGAGCAAAGUGCUUGUUAACAAUAAUACCAAGAAGAAAUUGAAGUGUACGGUGGAUCAUCAAGUUAAAGGUUCAAUUGAAUCACGAAUCUCAAAGAACAUUGAUGAGUAAACCAAAGAGGAAAAUCAAGUCCAAGGAUCAACGGUAGAUCAACAAGCCUUUGCUAAGAAAAAAACUAUUCCAAAGUGUCCAACCAUAUCACGUACUGAUUAUCUCAAUAAAAAUAAGGAACAACAUGGAGUAGAGGAAUUUGAAAAUGAAGAUAUAGAAGAAAAUGCAAUGGAAGAAUAUAUGGAGAAUGGUAGCAACUAUGAUGGUGAGGAAGUUGGGGGAACAAAUGUAAAUAAAGCAGAAGGGAAUACCUUAGGUGCUUCAUCCUCAGGACUAGUACGAAAACGUGGAAAGACUUUAUGUCGGAAAAUUCAUGCACGGGAAUUCAAAGAUAGACAAGAGAUUACCUUGAAUGAAGUAGGAAUACCAAUUGGGCCAGGUGAAAAGACAGUGUCUGAACUUAGUAGUUUUUUGGGGACAAUAGGAAGAAAUUCAAAUUUAUGUCCUCUCACUUUCAUUAAUUGGAUUGCUUUGGUUAAGUAUUGGGAGGAACACGAGAUAGAUCCCGUGUGGGAGUAUGUCAAUGAAAAAUACAAUGUCCCAAAGGAAGGAAGGAAGGCUGUAUUUUCUACUGUAAAUGAUGCUUGGAGACGAUACAAAUGCUCUCUUAAAAAGAAGCAUUUUAGUAAGUACAAAAACUUAAAAAAGAAGCUAAAAAAUCGUCCACAAGAGGUACCAGAAGAAGACUUUAGAAAGUUAUUGGAGUAUUGGAGAGAUGGAAAAAAUCAAGAAGUUAGUCAUCAAAAUGCUCAAAAUAUAGCUCAACUGAAAUGGAGACAUCGAAUGGGGAAUAAAGGCUUUGCUGUUAUAAGAGAAAAAAUGCGUGAAUGUAAUGAAGAUAAAGAACCUCCGACUCAAGCUGAAAUGUUUAUUGCUACUCGACAAAGUAGGAAAGGAAAGGAGUUGGAUCAAGAAACCAAUACAGCAAUUAUAAAGCUUCAAGACUUGAUUGAAAAUCAAGGUAAAUCUUCUUCAGAAGCUUUUGAAAGUGUAUUAGGCAAACAAAAACCUGGAAGAGUGCGUUGCCACGGAAGAACCACAACACCGACUCUCUUGAAAAGAAAUGAAGAAAUUGCAAAACUUAAAAGAGAUCAUGCUGCCGAGGUCAGACAUGUGAUACAAGAGAUGGAGGAGAGACGUCGUCAAGAUAAGGAGGAAACAGAAAGAAGAAUGCAGCUUCUCCUUAAGACUGUUCUGAAUCAAAACACCUCAAUUUGGAUAUAGAGGCUCUGGCAGCUUUGAUAUCAGCUCCUGCAACUGAUGCUAAUAGCGCCUUACGUUCUUCUGCGUCAACACAUGCUCCAAUUAAUGAUCAAAACAUGAAUGAUGAUAUGAAUGGAGAUUUUCAGUCAUUCGGAGAUGAAGAAACAUAAAUAUAGAGAUGUAGAUGUUUAACUUUUUCUAGUGAUUCAAGAUGUUAUUUUGAUUAAGAUGAAGAUUAACAUUAUAGAGUUUAAGUUUACUUUUAGAGAUUCAAGAUGUUAUUUUGGUUAUGGAUGAUGAUUGACAUUCAAAUAUGUACAUUAAAGAUGUCAUUUUGGUUGUGAACAUGAUUGA